ACUCAGUUGGUUUGUUUACGUGAAGACGCUCAGACUGACUUAAGUCGUUACACACACUAAAAGUGUUCAGACAGUAGACCGCUAGAUUUAUUUAAUUUUUUUUUCAUUGUAAUAAAUUUAUUUCAAUUGAUUCAGUGUUAAGUUAAGAAAAAACUGAUUUGAAAAAAAAAAUGAAUUAACGAAAUAUAAAAUAUACGAAGUGUGGUUUUGGUUGAGUGAAAGAAUAACAUUUAUUGUAAUUGCUUGUGAAAAAAAAAGAAUUGAGUUAUUGUAUAGUGCGAUUCGUGAAGUUAAAAAAAAAACUACUUUGGAUUACAAUAUCUUUUUGAAGGCACUGCAGAAUAAGAAAUAAAAAAAAUAUUUCUUUUUUUUGUUGAGCAGAUUAGAGCUACCUGAUGGCAGUUUGCGAUUGUCCUGUUGGCAGUCCAAUCGGUCCCACAUUGGCUGCAACAUGUGGUGGAAGUUCUUUCAUGCUGUUUAUGGGAUUAUUGGAGGUUUUCCUGCGAUCACAAUGCGACAUAGAAGAUCCGUGUAACCGACCAAAGGCCCGUCAAUCGCCUGACAAUGAGUACGAUUUUAUUGUCGUCGGUGCAGGCUCUGGUGGAUCAGUCGUAGCAUCUCGUUUAUCUGAAGUACCGCACUGGAAAGUACUUUUAAUUGAAGCUGGUGGUGACGAGCCGCUCGGGAGUCAAGUACCAUCAAUGUUUCUAAAUUUUAUCGGAAGUGACAUUGAUUGGAAAUAUAAUACAGAGCCGGAGACAAGUGCCUGCCUGAAUUCACCGGAGCAACGUUGUUAUUGGCCCAGAGGAAAAGUGUUAGGUGGAACGUCGGUGCUGAAUGGCAUGAUGUAUAUAAGAGGCAACAAAGAAGAUUAUGACGAAUGGGCAGCUAUGGGAAAUCCAGGAUGGAGCUACAACGAUGUUUUACCGUAUUUUAUGAUGUCAGAAGAUAAUAUGCAGUUAAACGAAGUUGACAACGGUUUUCACUCUACUGGUGGAAUGCUUCCAGUGUCUAAAUUUCCAUAUCAUCCUCCUCUAUCAUAUGCUAUUCUUCGUGCUGGCCAGGAACUUGGGUACCAAAUAAACGAUCUAAAUGGCGCCAAUUCCACUGGAUUUAUGAUCGCUCAAACCACAAGUAAAAAUGGUAUUCGAAUGAGUGCGUCCCGUGCGUAUAUUCGACCAGUUGAGAAACGAGCAAACUUACACAUUCUGUUGAACACAACUGUGGCAAGAGUUCUACUACAUCCGCAAACGAAAGCCACUCAUGGCGUGGAAAUAAUUGACGAAUAUGGACAGCCGAGGAAGAUAUUUAUAAAGAAGGAAGUUAUCGUUUCGGGCGGUACGGUUAAUUCACCACAAAUAUUGCUACUGAGUGGCAUUGGUCCCAAAGAGGAUUUAAUGAAGGUUGGUGUACGACCUGUUCAUGAUCUGCCGGGUGUCGGUAAAAAUCUCCACAAUCACGUUGCAUAUUUCACCAACUUUUACCUCAACGACACUGAUACAUCACCUCUGAACUGGGCAACAGCUAUGGAAUAUCUACUGUUCCGUGAUGGUCUAAUGUCUGGAACGGGAAUAUCAGCCGUAACAGCCAAAAUCUCAAGUAAAUAUGCUGAAACGCCAAACGUACCCGACUUGCAAUUCUAUUUCGGUGGCUUCUUGGCUAGUUGCGCAAAGACCGGUCAAGUCGGCGAACUGUUAACCAAUGGAUCGCGGUCCAUACAAAUUUUCCCGGCAGUGUUACAUCCCAAAAGCAGAGGCUACAUUACGUUAGCAUCAAAUGAUCCAUUGGCACCGCCAAAAAUCGUUGCAAAUUACUUGACCGAGGAACAUGAUGUUCGAGUGCUAGUAGAUGGAGUCAAAUUCGCCGUUAAACUUUCUGAAACUGAACCGCUAAAGGCUUACGGAAUGCAGGUGGACGAAACGCCAAUUAAGGGUUGCGAGGGUAUUCCAUUUGGUACCGAUGAAUAUUGGACAUGUGCUGUGAAGCAGAAUACUGGACCGGAGAAUCAUCAAGCUGGUUCGUGUAAAAUGGGACCGAGUCGAGAUCCGAUGGCCGUUGUGGAUCAUGAAUUGCGGGUUCAUGGAGUUAGAGGUCUUAGAGUGGUGGACGCUUCUAUCAUGCCCAAAGUGAUAUCAGGAAACACCAACGCCCCCAUCAUAAUGAUAGCCGAAAAAGCAUCGAGACAUAUUAAACGGUCUUGGGGAGCUUGAAAUGCAGUAACAAAUGGAAUU